GUGUUUGACCCCAAUAGGUUCUCAUCCGAAAAGUCAUCUCAGAGGCAUUCUCAUGCUUUUGUGCCUUUUGCAGCUGGACCAAGGUGAGGAUAUAGACUGUUCAGUGUCACGGUCUGAUUUACUCUUGGCUUAAUUAGGCAGCAAGCAGAUACUUACGGGGUUUCAAACAGUUUAUGAUAUACGGUAAUUGCUCUCCGAGCCAUUCACAGUGACUGACUGUCAUUAACACAUUGAGGUAUCUGAACUAUGUCCUCGCUUCCAACAGCAUAUCCUCCAGGAGCCCCCUCCCUCCCUUCUCUUUGAUUGACGCCUCUCUUUAACCCUCAUGAACCUAAUGAGCGUGAGCAGAUUCAUACUGAUAUACUGCCCCUUCCUCUGAUGUAUUUUCCUCCUUCUCAGUUGCUACCUGAUACUCCUUAUCAGUGCCUGGGCUUUCUGCCAGCCCUCGCUCACUGUCAUGAGAAACUGUCUCUUCCUCUCUGACAUGAGAAGCCAAGGAGGAUUGAGGGGGGCUGGAUUCAAACUGCUGUGGAAGAAUGAGAGGUUCCUUGCUGCCUCUCUGAAGAUCCCUGUCUCUGCAGAUCUCCUCUUCUUCCUCACCAUUGUCGCUCUGGGGUGCCAUGUCUCUGACAUUCAGGCCAGAUGAGUGAGAGGUUGCUGAUGAGCAAUAGGGAGGAGAGAAAGAAGCUUGUCUAUGGAGUCUGGUGGAGAAUCUGUUGCUGGGCUAGAAGUUCCAUUGCCCUGACCACUGGUCAUACUGCUUGAAGGAAGCUGGAGUCUAACAACAUCUGUAGGGCCACAGGUUCCCCACCAAUGACCUAGAACAUAUUUGCAGGUGGCUACAAAAAGAUUACAUUAAUUGUCACAUUUGAGUGAUGUAUUGCUACAGGAAGUAAAAAAAAAAAAAAGCAGGGGCUUGGAAAGGGGCAUGUAUUUCUGUCCCACCCCUUCUGCUGGCUGGAGGCAAUGUCCUCAAGAGGCCUGACUUGCUUUUUGGGAGAAACCAAAGCUAUGAUAAUGGAGAGCCUAUUGGGUUGUGGGUUGUGAGUGCUUUGAACCUUCCGCUACUGUAAAAAACAAAACAAAAUAACACCUCACAUUGCAGAAGUGCCAUAAGUAUCCUGUGACCUUCAUUCCAAGGAAACCAAUCCUGGAGCACAUUCAGGAACCCCUGAAACCUUUCAACACACUCAGGGAUUGGGGGAAGCAUUCCAGCAUGCAUCAAGGUCCAAGGCUCCGAGAGGAUUUGGGUUUCCUUGUUAAUGGUUGGGAACCUAUCCAGGCUGAAAGUUGGAAUGAAAGUAUUUUGACAGGCAGAGUCAGCAUUUUCAGGUAAAGCUCCUGCAUUAUGAUUAACUGCUUCUUAAUAGAUUUUCCUGACUUUCUCUCUUUCCUCAGGAAUUGUAUUGGGCAGCAGUUUGCCAUGAACGAGAUGAAAGUGGCCCUUGCCCAAAUCCUACUCCGGUUUGAAAUCUUGCCAGAUCCAGCAAAGCCUCCUGUUCCAAUCCCCAGGUUGUCUUAA